CUCAUACGACGUGACCGUGGAUGAAGAACUGGGCGAGAUCCAGCUGGUCAGAAUCGAGAAGCGCAGGUACUGGCUGCACGACGACUGGUACCUGAAGUACAUCACGCUGAAGACGCCCAGCGGGGACUACAUCGAGUUCCCCUGCUACCGCUGGAUCACAGGCGAGGGCGAGAUUGUCCUGAGGGACGGACGUGCAAAGCUGCCCCGAGAUGACCAAAUUCACAUUCUCAAGCAGCACAGACGUAAAGAACUGGAAACGCGGCAAAAACAGUAUCGAUGGAUGGAGUGGAACCCUGGCUUCCCCUUGAGUAUCGAUGCCAAAUGCCACAGGGACUUACCCCGCGAUAUCCAGUUUGAUAGCGAGAAAGGAGUGGACUUUGUUCUGAACUACUCCAAAGCGAUGGAGAACCUGUUCAUCAACCGCUUCAUGCACAUGUUCCAGUCUUCCUGGAAUGACUUUGCUGACUUCGAGAAAAUCUUUGUCAAGAUCAGCAAUACUAUUUCUGAGCGGGUCAUGAAUCACUGGCAGGAAGAUCUCAUGUUUGGCUACCAGUUCCUGAAUGGCUGCAACCCCGUGCUGAUCCAGCGCUGCACGGAACUGCCCGAGAAGCUCCCGGUGACCACGAAGAUGGUGGAGUGCAGCCUGGAGCGGAAGCUCAGCCUGGAGCAGGAGGUUCAGCAAGGGAACAUUUUCAUCGUGGACUUCAAGCUGCUGGACGGCAUUGAUCCCAACAGAACAGACCCCUGCACUCUCCAGUUCCUGGCCGCACCCAUCUGCCUGCUGUACAAGAACCUGGCCAACAAGAUCGUCCCCAUUGCCAUCCAGCUCAACCAAAUCCCAGGAGAUGAGAACCCCAUUUUUCUCCCUUCGGAUGCAAAAUACGACUGGCUGUUGGCCAAAAUCUGGGUGCGCUCCAGUGACUUCCACGUGCACCAGACCAUCACCCACCUUCUGCGUACACAUCUGGUGUCGGAAGUUUUUGGCAUCGCCAUGUACCGCCAGCUGCCUGCCGUGCACCCCAUUUUCAAGCUGCUGGUGGCGCACGUGCGGUUCACCAUCGCCAUCAACACCAAGGCCCGCGAGCAGCUCAUCUGCGAGUACGGCCUCUUUGACAAGGCCAACGCCACAGGGGGCGGCGGGCACGUGCAGAUGGUGCAGAGGGCCAUGCAGGACCUGACCUACGCCUCCCUGUGCUUCCCCGAGGCCAUCAAGGCACGGGGCAUGGAUAGCACAGAGGACAUCCCCUACUACUUCUACCGGGACGACGGGCUCCUGGUGUGGGAGGCCAUCAAGACGUUCACGGCCGAGGUGGUGGGCAUCUACUACGAGAGUGACCAGGUGGUGGACGAGGACCAGGAGCUGCAGGACUUCGUGAAGGACGUCUACGUGUACGGCAUGCGGGGCAGGAAGGCCUCAGGCUUCCCCAAGUGCAUCAAGAGCAGGGACAAGCUGUCGGAGUACCUGACCGUGAUCAUCUUCACGGCCUCCGCCCAGCACGCCGCGGUGAACUUCGGCCAGUACGACUGGUGCUCCUGGAUCCCCAAUGCACCCCCAACCAUGCGGGCCCCACCGCCCACGGCCAAGGGAGUGGUGACCAUUGAGCAGAUCGUGGACACGCUGCCCGACCGCGGCCGCUCCUGCUGGCAUCUGGGCGCAGUGUGGGCACUGAGCCAGUUCCAGGAAAACGAGCUGUUCCUGGGCAUGUACCCUGAGGAGCACUUCAUUGAGAAGCCCGUGAAGGAGGCCAUGGCCCGAUUCCGCAAGAACCUCCAGGCCAUCGUCAGCGUGAUCGCCGAGCGCAACAAGAACAAGCAGCUGCCGUACUACUACUUGUCCCCGGACCGGAUUCCCAACAGUGUGGCCAUCUGAGCACCGUCUGUGCCAGUCUCUGUCUGGGAAGGCAGCUUGUCACAGCCAGUGGGAGGAUGGCCUGGCAGGCUCACCGCGGGAGGCCCCGGCAGCUGCUUCUCUUCCUCUGAGGCUGGCAGUGCCAUUCC